AUGGCUCUCUCCAACACACUACCUUCUUGCCUUUUUCAACCUCAAAAACUCCAAUCUCUUCUCUUCUUCUUUUUGUUGCUACUUCCCCCUGUAUUGUCAAUUUCCUUUAACUUAACUAGUUUCAACGACACUUACAUUAACCGCACAGGUGAUGCAGUCAUAAACUCAUAUCGUCAAAUCGAAGUCACAAAGGAUACACUCAAGGAGAAUAUCACAGAAAGUGUUGGUCGUGCCACAUAUAAGGAACCGGUGAGGCUUUGGGAAAAUAGGACAGGGAGGCUCACAGACUUCACUACUCACUUCUCCUUUAAAAUUGAAGCUACAAGUCCUAAUGCGGAGUGGUCUGCUGAUGGGCUUGCCUUCUUCAUCACAGCAAAUGGUUCUAACGUCCCUUACAACAAGACAAAGGGCGGGGCUCUCGGACUAUUAGAUUUUGCAUUGGAUAACAGCACCCAAAAUGAAAUUGUUGCUGUUGAGUUUGACACCUUCAAAAAUGACUUUGAUCCAAGUGCUAAUCAUGUAGGAAUCGAUGUCAAUUCCGUUAAAUCGAAGGCAAAUGUCUCAUGGCCCAGAAGCAUUAUUUCGAACGGUGAAAUAGUGAAUGCAUGGGUAAGUUAUAACUCAACAACCCAAAAUCUUAGCGUGUUCCUUACUUAUGCUAUUAAUUCAGUCUCAAAGACUACUAGUCUUUUUCAUAUUGUCAACUUGAAAGAUGUUUUGCCGGAAUGGGUUAGCGUUGGUUUCUCUGCUGCAACAGGCGCGGGGACUGAGUUCCAUACAAUACUUUCUUGGUCAUUCAGUUCAACUUUAGAGGUAGAAGAUGGGAGCCGGAAAAAUAAUUUGGGAUUGGGGAUUGGUUUAGCAGUAAGUUCAGCUGUAGUGUGUUGCGCUUUAGGUGUAAUUUGGUUUAUUUUUCGGAGAAGAAGGGCCAGUAGGAACACAGAAGAUUUGGGUGAUGAUGACAAUAUGGAUAUCGAAUUUGAAAAAGGAACAGGGCCAAGAAGGUUCACAUACCGUGAACUUCUGAAUGCAACAAACAACUUUACUGAACAAGGGAAGCUUGGAGAAGGAGGAUUUGGAGGCGUUUACAAAGGUUUGUUAAGUGAAUCCAAUAUAGAAGUUGCGGUUAAGAGGGUCUCAAGAGGAUCAAAGCAGGGAAAAAAGGAGUACAUGUCAGAAGUGAAGAUCAUUAGCCGUUUGAGACACAAGAAUUUAGUUCAACUCAUUGGUUGGUGCCAUGAACAACGUGAGUUACUUCUUGUAUAUGAAUACAUGCCUAAUAAAAGCCUUGAUUCUCAUCUAUUUGGAGCAGAGAUUGUGCUAACAUGGCCAAUAAGAUACAAAAUAGCCCAGGGAUUGGCUUCUGCACUACUAUACCUUCAUGAAGGGUGGGAGCAGUGUGUGGUACAUAGAGAUAUAAAGUCUAGCAAUAUCAUGUUGGAUUCAAAUUUCAAUGCCAAACUUGGUGAUUUUGGUCUUGCAAGACUUGUAGACCCUGAAUUGGGCUCACAAACUACUGUUUUGGCAGGCACAAUGGGCUACCUAGCCCCAGAGUGUGUCACCACUGGUAGGGCUUCAAAAGAAUCUGAUGUUUAUAGUUUUGGGGUAGUUUCUCUUGAAAUUGCUUGUGGUAGAAAGCCAGUUGAGCCACAAGCAGAACCUAGCAAGGUCAGGCUAGUGGAGUGGGUGUGGGACCUUUAUGGAAAAGACCAACUUCUUGAAGCUGUUGAUAAGGGAUUAGGUAUGGAAUUUGAUAAAGAGCAAAUUGAGAGUUUGAUGGUAGUUGGAUUGUGGUGUUGCCAUCCCGAUCCCACUAUUAGACCCUCUAUAAGGCAAGUAAUACAUGUACUUAAUUUUGAAGCUCCUUUGCCCAACCUUCCAUCAAAGUUUCCAAUACCAAUAUAUUUUGGGUCUUCAAUGCACCUAUGUGAAUUCUCCAAUACGUCAACUCUUCCUACUGUGUCAGAAGAUCAAACACAAUUUUCAGGUAGUAGUUGUUCAACUAAUUCAUCUAUGUUAGCUGGCUCAAGCAAACCUCUUCUGAAUUUAGGCAAAGCUGAUGUGGAGUUAACUUCAAUUACACAUUGAUAUGUAUGAUUAUUCAAAUUUCUGUAAUAAAGUUGA